AUGAAAUCAACAUUUUUCACCGGUUCAUUAUUCUUAAUUACCAUUUUCCUGACCGCCUUCAUUUCGCAUAUACCUAUCGUAUUAGGACAAUGUGUGGAUUUUCAAACCAUUAUUGAUUGUAAAUUCGCAACACUGUCAAAUUGUCAAAUUAUUAAAGAAUCGAAGCAAAAAUAUCCCAAAAUAUUAAUAAAUAACUUGAAAGGUAUAUUUAAAAAUGGAAAAAGCUUUCUUACAACAAAUAAUACCUCCUCAAAAAAUGAAAGUGAAAAUGAACCUCCUUCAGCUUCCUCUCAAAAUAUGAUCCAAUUGAGUUUCUCUUGUGAUCUAAAUGAUACAAAUACCUGUAAUGCUGGCCCAUCAAGACUUAUUCCGUUACAAGACAGCGAUGGUGUCACACGAUUGUACUCUCAAGCUCUUGCGAAACAAUUUCAAUUUGAUUCACAUCCAGAAUUUGCACCAUUCGAUAUCCUUGCAUCCUUCACUUCUGUAGGCAACGUAUUUUGGUUCCGAGAUGAUCCGUCACCACCAACUAAUACGCAAGUGGAUUUUGAAUUAGUUGUUACUCACGAAUUGAUGCAUGGUUUAGGUUUUUUGUCAAGUUGGAAUGAUUUUUUCAUACCUUAUAUAUCAAAUGGAUUAACACCAUUCCCGAGCUUUAUUUUGAGUACAGAGGGACCUGAUGUUCCUCCUAAAAAUGGUACAAUAACAUUCACAGGAUUUCAAGAAACAGCAUUUGAUAGAUAUUUGGUGUUAACAAACGGAACAUCUUUAUCGACAGUUACUUCCAAUAUUAAUCAAUUUGCUGGUGGACCCAAUGCUGGUACUAAAUUUGAUAAUAAAACAGCUUUCGUCAACGCAUUUAAAUCUUCUCCACAAUUUUCAUUUGCGGCAGAUAUAUUUAAUAAAGCAUCUACAGCAUCUUCGAUGGCAUUUAUGACACAUGAUGCCAAAACUGUAAAUGAUGCAUGUUUGCUUGAAACUAGUCUUGAACCAUACCUUUCUGGAUCAAGUAUUUCACAUACGGAUUUUUCUACAUUUUCUAAUUCUACUGACUUCUUAAUGAUAUGGAAAGCUCCACGUGGUGUAACUCUUGAUCAAUUAACUAAAGCUAAUGCCACCAAUCAAAUAGGUGUUAUUGGACCACAAGUUAUAAAGAUUUUAGAAACUUUGGGAUAUAAAACUGCCAAUAAUCCUAAUCCUUAUAAACCAAAUGCUCCAUCUUUAGAUCAAAAUAAUAAUAACCAAUGGCAAAAAAAAUAG